AGCGAGCGCUCUCCCCUCCUCCGCCAUGUGAUGACGGACAGACUGUAUCACCGGAGCGAUGCUUGAAGUCACUCUCAUCAGCAACAAAGCGAAGGAACAGCAGCAGCAGCACUGACGUAAACCAUCCACCACAUCACCGGAACCAUACGGACCUGGACCGACACCCUAUCGUCUCUUCCGAAGGACGAAUAUGAUGAAAACGGAGCGCUGAGGGAUCGUUAUGAUGCUCGGACUCCAAUUCACGGCAACAUUUGAAAUGCGCGUUAAAUGGAGACUCAUGAGAUGCUGCAGGGUGCCGCAUUGCCUGGCCGCUUGAUGAUGCUAGGAUAGAGCAGCUCUUUUAACCGUGAUGCUCGUUCUUAGAUGCGUUUGGGGUGGGAUGGAAUGAAUGAACGGAUUUUUGUGGUCGAGUCAAUGCCUCAGAUUUGAUCAUACGCAAACUAAGACGAUUUCAGUCUGCUUAAGCCAUAGACGUGAUGAGCACGACCACAUGAAUGUAUGUGAAUGUAUUUUGCAGGACAAGCAUCAACAACCCACGAUACAGGUGAACUCAUAAGGACUAUAUAGAGUAUAUGAGGUGAACUAUCAGUGUCAUAGCUACACUCAGGACCAUCUCCAAAGUCAGGUUUUUAUUUUGAAAGCACUGCAGUGACAGGGCUCUUUAUUAUUGGCAUUUUCAUAAACGAUUACAUAGGGCAUAUUUAGUGUAGUAUAUAGUACAGUAUAGUCAACCUUGGUCCAUUGCAAGGACAAUGACUCAUUUACAGGCAGGCCUGUCUCCAGAAACCCUGGAGAAAGCCAAGGUGGAGUUAAAGGAGAACCCCGACACUUUACAUCAGGACAUACAGGAGGUGAGGGACAUGAUCAUCACCCGUCCAGACAUUGGCUUUCUCAGGACAGACGAUGCUUUCAUUCUGCGCUUUCUCAGAGCCCGGAAAUUUAACCAUUUCGAGGCCUUCCGCCUCCUGGCCCAGUACUUUGAGUACCGGCAACAGAACCUAGAUAUGUUCAAGAACCUGAAGGCCACCGAUCCUGGGAUCAAGCAGGCUCUGAAGGAUGGAUUUCCUGGAGUUCUGUCCAAUUUGGAUAGAUACGGGAGGAAGAUUCUGGUCCUUUUCGCGGCAAACUGGGAUCAGAGCAGGUACACUUUUGUGGAUAUUCUGCGAGCUAUUUUACUUUCUCUGGAGGCAAUGAUAGAAGACCCCGAGCUACAAGUAAAUGGAUUUGUCUUGACCAUUGACUGGAGUAACUUCACUUUCAAGCAAGCUUCCAAGCUAACUCCAAGCAUGCUGAGAUUGGCAAUUGAGGGCCUGCAGGAUAGCUUCCCAGCCAGGUUUGGAGGGAUUCAUUUUGUCAACCAACCUUGGUACAUCCAUGCUCUGUACACAGUCAUCCGGCCUUUCCUCAAGGACAAAACAAGAAAAAGGAUUUUCAUGCAUGGAAACAAUCUGAACAGCUUGCACCAGCUGAUCUUACCUGAGAUUCUGCCGUCUGAGCUGGGUGGCAUGUUGCCUCCUUACGACAUGGGCACCUGGGCCAGGACGUUGCUUGACCACGCGUAUGACGAGGAGACGGACUACUGCCCCGAAUCCUAUACCUUGUCUGUCAAAGACCUGGAGAAAGAUCUAUCCCCCAAAACCAUGAAAAGGUCCCAGUCCGUGGUGGAGCCAGGUGUCCUGAAACGACCAGAAAAAGUGAAAAGCGAAGAAGAAAACAUGCAGCCGCUGCUUUCGCUGGACUAAAGGCUCUUAAUUUCCCAGGCAACGAGGAAACGUCAAGCCCCGUAUGCUAGGGAAGAGUGCACCUUGUUCCUAUAACGCCAGAAAAAAAAUGUACAAAGAAAGGAGAUUUAAGGAGUUAAGAAGCGAAAGAACACACAAACAGCCUCCAGGAACACUGCAGAGCUGCCAGUUAAAGCGAUAUUUUUGAAGCAAAGAGCUAACGGCGGACGUCCGUAUGUAAUUGUCAAGUGCCAAUUCAAAUCUGUAAAUACACUUCAGUUCUAGACGUGAGAUUGAGGGAGUAAUUGUGACAUGAACCUGUAAAGACGGCUGUGAAUAUCCUGUGUGUGCUUCUCGUGGUUAUUAUGUAGAACCUGGUACUGUAGGAUGGAUAAUCAUGCUUAUAAAGAUUCACAAGCUUUGGGGGUUUCAGCAUUUAUAACGGUGCGUAGUCCUCACG